AUGUCAAUUGAUCCUGAAACACGCCGUAAGCUUUUGCUUUUGCAAAAGUCGGAAGGAAACAAGAGAUGUUUCGACUGUGACGCUUUCAAUCCUCAGUGGGCAUCACCCAAAUUUGGCAUCUUUAUCUGCCUUGAAUGUGCUGGUGUACAUCGUGGUUUGGGUGUUCAUAUUUCGUUUGUUCGUUCUAUAACUAUGGACCAGUUCAAACCAGAGGAAGUAUUGAGAAUGGAAAAAGGAGGUAAUGACAAGUGCAAAGCUUACUUUGUGGAACACAAUGUGGAUCUUUCGUUACCUAUCAGAGCUAAGUUCGACAACUAUGUGGCUGAAGACUAUAAAGAAUACUUGCUGUGUGUCAUAGAAGGACGGGACUUCGUACCAAAGGAUCAUUCGAAUGAAACUUUGCCAACUGGCCAAGAGACUAUCGCACAAGCAAACGGUGUACCCGUCAUUGACAAAAGCAGAAACGAAGACUACUUUGCUCGUCUUGGAUCCGCAAACGAACAAAGAUCGGAUUCCCUCCCUCCAUCUCAAGGAGGAAAAUACUCAGGGUUUGGAAACACACCGGCACCUGCUGCGUCCAGUAGAUCAGGUGGUGCGUUUUCUGCCUUUUCUUUCAAUAGUCUCCAAGAAGAUCCCGUUGGUACUCUUACGAAGGGAUGGGGAUUGUUUUCCUCAACUGUGGCCAAAUCCGUGAGUGAAGUGAAUGAAACAGUGAUAAAACCCGGGUUCAGUCAUUUGCAAGAAACCGAUAUUGGAAGCGAGGCUAAGAGAGCCAUGGCUCAAUUCGGCCAGAAGAUGCAAGAAACUGGCAAGUAUGGGCAGGAAACGUUCCAAACCUUUACAAAAGAGGUUCAGGAAAAAGGUUUGAACGGUACUGUGGAUAACUUUUUCCAAGGUUUUGGCCAACGCAAGAAGGAGGUCCAGCCCGCUUUUGGUGUUCAGAGACCAGAGCAAAAGUCGUCAUUGUCGUCAUUUGAAAACCCGGUUUCUAAGCCUGGAUUCUCAAGCAAGGAAACCAAGGAGUUCGGCAAGCUGACGCAAGAAGACGAGGAGGAGGAUGCUUGGGAUGACUUUUAG